AUGCCCGCUCUCCCACCGGCAGAUCCAUGUUCACCUGAGUCUGGCUUCCGCCACAAAAUAAAGUCAUGGGUGGAAAAGAUGCAAGAUGACCUUGUAACAUUGGCAAGAACUGCAAGCGGGGUGGACCGGCUGGCUGAGAUUUAUAUGACACACAGAGAUUUGUAUACCGUGGAAGCCAACAAUGCACGCCAGUUGGUGGAAAUUGCAGCCAGAGAUAUUGAAAAACUACUAAGCAAUAGGUCUAAAGCCUUGGUGCAUCUUGCUCAAAAAGCAGAAGAGAUUCAAGCAACACAUCAGUGGAGGGAUGAGUUUGGGAACAAUGACAUCGUCUAUUACAAUGCAAAAGAUGAUCUGAAUGACUCUAAGAAGAAUGAAUCGGAGACUAGCAGCCAGAGAAUCAGACCAGUAUUUGAAGAAGAUCCUGUUUUUCGACGACAAACAUCUUACCAGCAUGCAGCAGUUCACAUACCAACUGAUAUUUAUGAGGGCUCUACAAUAGUGUUAAAUGAACUCAAUUGGACUGCUGCAUUGGAUGAUACCUUCAAAGAGAAUAGAGAAGAAGACCCAACUUUAUUAUGGCAAGUUUUUGGCAGUGCAACUGGCCUCGCCAGGUAUUAUCCAGCCUCUCCAUGGGUAGUUAAAAGUCGAUCUCAAAACAACAAGAUAGACCUCUAUGAUGUUCGCAGAAGACCAUGGUACAUCCAAGGAGCUGCAUCUCCCAAAGACAUGCUUAUUUUAGUCGAUGCGAGUGGAAGUGUUAGCGGACUGACACUGAAACUGAUCCGAACCUCCGUCAUUGAGAUGCUAGAAACUUUAUCUGAUGAUGACUUUGUGAAUGUAGUUUCAUUCAACAAUAAUGCGCAGAACGUCAGUUGCUUUAAUCAUCUCGUCCAAGCUAAUGUGAGGAAUAAGAAGAAGCUGAAAGAGGCGGUCUAUAAAAUCAUAGCUAAAGGAAUCACUGAUUAUAAAAAGGGUUUUAGCUAUGCUUUUGAACAGCUGCUAAAUUACAGUGCAUCUAGAGCUAACUGCAAUAAGAUUAUUAUGUUGUUUACCGAUGGUGGUGAAGAAAGAGCACAAGAGAUUUUCCACAAAUACAACAAAGACAAAAAAGUUCGUGUGUUCACAUUUUCUGUUGGUCAACAUAAUUACGACAAAGGCCCCAUACAGUGGAUGGCCUGCCAAAAUAAAGGUUACUAUUAUGAAAUCCCUUCCAUUGGCGCAAUAAGAAUAAACACACAGGAAUAUUUGGAUGUUUUGGGCAGACCUAUGGUUUUAGCUGGAAACAAAUCAAAACAAGUACAGUGGACCAAUGUCUAUUUGGAUGCACUGGAACUGGGCCUUGUCAUUACCGGAACGCUACCUGUCUUCAAUCUAACAAAAGACCAAGAUGGAAAAAAAAACCAGCUGAUUCUUGGAGUAAUGGGAGUUGAUGUCUCUUUGGAAGAUAUAAAAAAAUUGACACCACGGUUUACACUCUGCCCAAAUGGAUAUUAUUUUGCAAUUGACCCUAAUGGUUAUGUGCUGCUUCAUCCAAAUCUUCAACCAAAGCACAUUGGUGUGGGCAUACCAAAAGUUAAUUUGAGAAAAAGGAGACCCCAUGUCCAGAAUCCUAAAUCCCAGGAGCCUGUGACACUGGAUUUUCUUGAUGCUGAGCUGGAAAAUGAUAUUAAAGUUGAGAUUCGGAAAAAAAUGAUAGAUGGCGAAAGUGGGGAACGGGUGUUUACGACACUGGUCAAGUCUCAAGAUGAGAGAUAUAUUGACAAAGGAAAUCGAACCUAUACAUGGACUCCUGUGAAUAGCACUGAUUACAGUUUGGCCUUGGUAUUACCAUCGUACAGCUUUUACUAUAUUAAAGCCAAAAUAGAAGAAUCAAUAACUCAGGCCAGAUUCAAAAAGGAUUUAGAAACUCUGAAGCUCGAUCACUUUGAUAAAGCCGGCUAUACCUUUAUUGCACCAAGAGAAUAUUGUAAUGAUGUAAAAGUAUCAGAAAACAACACUGAAUUUCUUUUAAAUUUCACGGAGUUUAUGGAUCAAAAUACCCCAACCAGCCCUUCAUGUAAUACUGAUAUGGUCAUUCGAGUUUUGCUGGAUGCUGGAUUUACAGAUGACCUUGCGCAGAAUUACUGGAGUAAGCAGGCUCCUAAUGAUGGAGUUGUUGCACAUUUUGUUGUUACGGAUGGUGGAAUCACUAGAGUGUAUCCGAGAAAGGCAGGAGAAGAUUGGGGUGAAAAGCCUGAAACUUAUGAACUCAGCUUCUAUAAACGGAGCUUGGAUAAUGACAACUAUAUCUUCACCGCUCCAUACUACAACAAGACUGGUUUCAAUACCUAUGAAACAGGUAUUAUGGUAAGCAAGGCUGUGGAAAUAACCAUUAAUGGAAAACUUCUCAAACCUGCAGUUGUUGGAGUAAAAAUUGAUACAACCAGUUGGAUGGAAAACUUUACAAAAACCACAAUCAAGAGCCUGUGCAACAGUGAACUCUGUGGCUGUGAAAGAAACAGUAUGCAUGUCGACUGUGUUAUUCUUGAUGAUGGUGGAUUUCUUUUGAUGUCAAAUCGGGAUGAGUAUACCCAGCAGGUGGGUAUAUUUUAA